AUGGAUAGAGCUGAUGCUCUGUACGUGAGCCAGGCCUGCGCUGCUGAAUCAGCUCUACCUCACCUUUCCCCUCCCACACUUCCUACCCACACCCAGCUCUACCGCACAUUCCCCUCCCACACUUCCUACCCACACCCAGCUCUACCUCACCUUUCCCCUCCCACACUUCCUACCCACACCCAGCCCUACCUCACCUUCCCCUCCCACACCCAGCUCUACCUCAACUUCCCCUCCCACACUUCCUACCCACACCCAGCUCUACCUUACCUUCCCCCUACCCACACCCAGCCCUACCUCACCUUCCCUCUCCCACACCCCUACCCACACCCAGCUCUACCUCACCUUCCCCUCCCACACCUCCUACCCACACCCAGCUCUACCUCACCUUCCCCCUCCCACACCUCCUACCCACACCCAGCUCUACCUUACCUUCCCUCCCACACCCCCUACCCCCUACCCACACCCAGCCCUACCUCACCUUCCUCUCCCACACCCAGCUCUACCUCACCUUCCCCUCCCACACUUCCUACCCACACCCAGCUCUACCUCACCUUCCCUCUCCCACACCUCCUACCCACACCCAGCUCUACCUCACCUUCCCCUCCCACACUUCCUACCCACACCCAGCUCUACCUCACCUUCCCCUCCCACACUUCCUACCCACACCCAGCUCUACCUCACCUUCCCCCUCCCACAGCUCCUACCCACACCCAGCUCUACCUCACCUUCCCCCUCCCACACUUCCUACCCACACCCAGCUCUACCUCACCUUCCCUCUCCCACACCCAGCUCUACCUCACCUUCCCCCUCCCACACAUCCUACCCACACCCAGCUCUACCUCACCUUCCCCCUCCCAAACUCUGCCCAAGCUCUAG